GUGGAACGAGCUCGAGCGCCUGCUUCGCUUGCUUCCCACUGUUGUUGAAGGCGGAGGAGAACAAACUGGUCUCAUCAUCGUUUUUGAUGGAAAAUAAAGUCGCCAUCUGUUGAUACAUCAGCCACGGAAGCGGACCAGAGGGAGGGGAGAGGCUUCGGAGGACAAGGGCGGCCGGAGGUGGACUUGGAAGAGGGGGGGAGAGAAAAAACGGGACAGUGGGGAAAUGCUGCAGAUUUGACUGAAAGAUGUCCAGCGUUAACAUGGAAGCGACCGGCAUCCUUCCUGUCCUCAAGAAGAAGCUGGCCUUUCUGUCAGGAGGGAAAGACCGGCGCAGUGGCCUGAUCCUGACCAUCCCCCUCAACUCGGACCAGACCAGCAUGGAGGAGCUCAGUGCCACACUGGACUACCUACUCAGCAUCCCCAGUGAUAAAUGUAAAGCUCGAGGUUUCACCGUAAUCGUGGAUGGCCGAAAGUCUCAGUGGAACAUUGUGAAGACGGUGGUGCUCAUGUUGCAGAAUGUGAUCCCAGCAGAGGUGUCCCUGGUUUGCGUGGUGAAGCCAGAUGAGUUCUGGGAUAAGAAGGUCACCCACUUUUGCUUCUGGAAGGAGAAAGACCGACUGGGCUUUGAGGUGAUUCUGGUUUCGGCCAAUAAGCUGACUCGUUACAUCGAACCCUGCCAGCUGACCGAUGACUUUGGUGGAAGCCUGGAGUAUGACCACAAUGACUGGCUCAACAAGAGACUGGUCUUCGAAAAGUUCACUAAGGAGUCCACAUCGCUGCUGGACGAGCUGUCGGUUAUCAACGACGGCGACAAAGGCAACUCGGUUGACAAGGACAAGUCUGCUGACUGUGUUCUCCUGCCAUCCUUUGACCCCGAAACAGUCCUUCAGACCGGUCAUGAGCUACUGUCAGAGCUGCAGCAGCGCCGGUUUAACGGCUCCGAGGGAGUCGGGGGAGGACAAGCAGCUCCAGCAUGGCGCCCCAUGGAGGAGGAACUGCUAGCUCAGCCUCAGGUGAUGAAGCUGUUGGACUCGCUCAGGGAGCAGUACACUCGAUACCAAGAGCUCUGUAGGCAGCGCAACAAACGCACCCAGCUAGAUGAGAUUCACGCCAAGGUUAUGCAGGUGGUCACUUGGUUGCAGGGUCCGGGUUCAGAGCUACUGAAAACCCAGCAAGCGAUCGGAGACUCGAUGCGAACAGCUCAGGCCCUGCAGCAGAAACACGAGGAGAUCGAGAGCCAGCACAGCGAAUGGUUUGCCGUAUACGUGGAGCUGAACCAGCAGAUAGCCGCGCUGCUCAGCGCCGGGGAGGAGGAAGAAGUGGCGGAGCUGAAGGCGCUACAGCAGCAACUCAGCGACGUCUGCUACCGCCAGGCGGCUCAGCUGGAGACCCGGCAGAACGUCCUGCAGGCGGCGCAGGUCUUCCACAGCACCACGCAAGAGCUGUCUCAGCAGUUGGACGGUCUACUGGGCAUGCUCUGUGCUGAUGUGGCUCCAGCUGACGGGGCAGCCAUUCAGCAAAACCUCAAACUGCUGGAAGAAAAGCUGCAGAUUGUUGAAGCAGGUCUUACUUCCCUUCGUCAGAAAGGAGGGAUGCUAUUGGAGCAGAUGUGCGGCCAGCCUUCGUGGACCCUGGAGGAGACGGAGAGUCCAGCCGGAGAGCAGCAGGACAACGUUCAGCACAUUCAGUCGGUGAUGGAGGAAAUGCAGCUUCGCAAGCAGAGGUGUGAGGACAUGGUGGAUGUACGGAGGCUGAAGAUGCUGCAGAUGGUCCAGCUGUUCAAAUGUGAAGAAGACGCUUUACAGGCGGUCGAGUGGCUCGGUGAGCUGUUGGACGCUUUGCUGAAGACUCACGUCAGACUCGGCGACGACCCCCAGGAGACGAGGACGAUGCUGGACAAACACAAAAAGUUCGUGGACGUGGCUCAGAGCACCUACGAUUACGGCCGCCAGCUGCUGCAGGCCACCGUCGUCCUGUGCCAGUCGCUGCGCUGCACGACUCGCUCCUCCGGCGACACUCUUCCCCGACUGAACCGGGUCUGGAAGCAGUUCAGCGUGAGCGCCGAUGAGAGGCAGCAGAGGCUGGAGCUGGCUCUGAGCUUCUACACCGCCGCCGAAAGGGUGCUGCAGCAGGACCACGUAGAGGCUGCGUCUCUGGAUGAAGUUGACUCUUCUGGGAAGACUCUGGUGGACAGACUCACCUUGCCGGUUAUCUUCCCUGAUGGGAGUGAGCAGUUUUUCGGGAGUCCCAGCGAAACAGCGGCAGCAGCUGAGGCCGUCCGAGAGCGCCUCCUGCUGGUGGAGGAGCGGCGCCUGCAGCUGCAAGAGCUCAGGCUUCAUAACGGCGAAGGCGAGGAAGAGGAGGAGGAGGAGGAAGUGGUGCUGAACGGGCAGCAGGGGCAGUUAGACGUCAUCGGAGAGGAACUGAGCGAGAAAGAGGAGCAAGAUGAGGAGAAGGAGGAGGAGGAGGCAGGCAGUCAGGAGGAGGACUCCGGGAGGGCCACACAGGACUGCUAAUGGAUCUCUGACAUUAAAGCCAGCAGCCUUAAUGAAGCUGGUUCGUGAAGGGCUGCCAUUUGGUUUCCAGGAAGACACUGUGUGUUUCCUUUGAGCGAAGAAAGUCAUCCACAGGUCGCUUUUGCUCAGCCGGAGCAGAAACGCCAAUCUUACAGUAGAAAUGUCCUCAUUUAAGCCAGUCUUGCCUCUCUGCUUAACAUUUUCGGUGAGAGGAUCAACAUGGCGGAUUACAAACCGAACGCAGAAUACUGGAAUUAAACUACUGUAAUAAUUAAUCUUCAUCUCUGCUCUUAUGAACAUGAUCGUCUAAAAUUUGAACGCCCCCGCCCUUUACCCCUAAUGCUGCCUCAUACUGCUUAUUCAGCGACGUGGACAGAGCUGUCAUGGUGCUUCCCCUCGCUCCUUGUUCCCACUUCUACAGUCAUUUACAUUUUGACAUAAAGACGCGUUCAAUGGAACAUUUCAACAGUCUGACAGUCAUAAUCACCACAGCUAAAAAGCCGGGGAAAAAGCUAUCUUAGCCUGGUAUUAUUUUAUAGAAGCAAAGCGUCCUGUAAGCUGAAAGGAAACAUUUGAAUUAUUUAUGAAAUGUUGUUUUUCAGACAAAGUUCUUUUAUCCUUACAUGUUUUAAACUUGUUUUAUGCAAAAUGUCUGCCAUUUUUCUGGCAGUGGUGGAUGGUAGAGGUAUGAGCAAAUUCAGGAUGAAGCAAAACAUGCUCCCAUGAAUCCCUUUUUUUUUUAAUGAAAAGAGAGGGGGGAAAAACGCUGUAUAACUUAUUGGAUACAACCUCUUUAAUGAAAAUGGAACCCAAUCCAGUGUACACAACUGUAGCCAAUUGGAUCUACCUUAGUUUAAAAAGCCCAACCUCACAACAAUUGUGAUCUCUUUUGCCAAUUGAACCCUUCAUGACAACCACGUGGGGUUGUUUUUAUACUGAUGCAUAUUUUAUCAAUUAAGUCUAUGACCAAAAUGCAACUUCUUUAAGGAACGGGUUUUAUCCAAAUCAUGUGUGUAUGAUUUUUUUUUUUUUAUUAGUUCUGCAAUAUUUCCUAAUAUCAGGAUAACAUAUUUGGACAUAUUUUAAGGGCUUGAUUAAAUUUGUGGGAGCACAGUUUUGUUACAAAUCCUGACAUUUGUGUCUCGAAUCAACUUUUCGUGCAAACAAACAAUGCUUUGACCCUUGUGUGAACAUAAAAUUUGAAAUGCACACCGAGGAGAGGACCGACUUAUUAUUUCAGUUUUUACUUUAGUUUGAUUUUGACCUCAGAAAGUGGAUGUUUGGUAAAAAAAAAAAAACCUGUGUGAGCAUGUCUGUGACUGCAACAGCUCUGAGGAAACUUCGACCAGUUCACUGCUCCGGCAUCAGGAUGGAAGUCACGCCUGUGCUGCUCUUCAGUUCAAGCUGUACAGGGAAUGAUUUGUGUCGGUUUAUUAGAACCGUCUAGGUGUCGGUUUGCAGACAUGGUCAUUCCAAAAGUGGGCAGCCCCCCAUUUCUAUUUAUUGUACUUUUUUUUUUUUUUUUUUAAGUAAACCUAUCUGUAACUGGUUGGUGUUUUUAAACCUCUAACCAGUAACUGCUGCUGUAACCGCUAACUGCUACGUCUCCCUACCUGUCUGUUCCGUCCAAUGACAAGUUCAGUGAUAUCAACACAACAUUCUGCUUUAAAUAAAAAGGUAUUUAAACAUUCUGUCCAGCAUUGCAUCUUGAAGAAUUUUGAUAAAACAUUCAAUGAAACGCGUGCUUUGACAUAACAUUUUUUUUUACUAAUUGAUUUUGAAAAGGGGAAGAAUGAAAACCUCAGACAACACAAGAUGCUUUGUGAGACUUAGUCAUCUAAAACAGCAGAAGUAACCUUAUCUCACUGCACCAUACUUUUAAGAUUAUUCACACGCUCUAGUUCCUUUUAAUGAUGUCUUAUACUUCUCUUUUUACCCCCCCCCCAUUUCACAGGGAAAAUCUAGAACUAUUGUUUUUUAAUACAUUGUCUAUAAUUGAAAUGACUUCAAAACGUUUCUCACCACCUUUUUCAUUCUGAGUUUAAUAUCUUACCUAUAUUAUCUUACCUGUCACAGAUUGAGUGCCCCCUCCCAAAAAUGCUUACUAUUGAUCUCUCAUCUAUUAAAGUUGGAAGGAUCAAAUUCAUUUAGUUGCUAAUAGGACAUUUUCAUAACCCUUUCAAGCACUUCUUAAAAUGUCUGUGUUCUUGUGUAGAGUACAAAACAAGGUUUCUGUAACAAGAAUGCAUAAUGUGAGAAAUCUGGGACCAGAGUCAGAGAAGAGGAAGACAAAGUAAUUUUAAUUUCUAACUUGCAUAAGAGGGUGGUUUCAAGUAUGAUCAUGAUAAACACAUAAUAGUUGUAAAGUUAUUUUAUGUUACAUGUCACAUUCAAUUGUAUGUAACGAUAAUGGAUAGAUGGAUGUAUAUAUAUAUAUACAUACGUACAAACGCAUGCUUUGACGUCAAAGAAGUUUUUUACUAAUUGAAUU